CAGAGGGUUAAACCUUUCUGUUUGAAUUAAUUUCAGAACAACAAGCUGAUUUCAUUCAAACAACAGGGUCCCUACAGGAGAGGCAGGUGUCAGUGUGAUGAUGACCGAUCAGGUGACCUAUGACCUCUUCAUUGUGUCCCUGGUGGUUCUGCUGCUGGUUCUGGUGGUUCUAUUGGUUCUCUGUUGGACCCUUAAACUCAGCAGAAGCAGCAACUUCACACAGCUGCAGAUCACAGCAGGACAACCCGUUCGCAUCCUGACCAUCAGAACUGAACCAAACCAGGUCCACCAGCUGCUGGACCACCUGCUGGACCGAGUCCUUCUUCAGGUGGAACCUGGAGCAGAACCUAAAGAGGAACACGGAGAGGAACUUAGAGAAGAACGUGGAUCUGAUUUUGUAUCAGAACCAGAGAUUUCAGCAGCAGAGUCUGUCCCCAGCAGAGCAGUGAACGCUCUUAACUUGUGGAAAUGGAUCACAUUUGCAGCUCCUCCUCCAGCCAGUCCCCCUGCUGCUCAGGAUCAGGAUCAAACCGAGGACCUCCGUUCCCAGGGGUCAGAUGCCUCUCUCGCCUCUCAGAGCGCCUCCUGCAGUGCAUGCUGGGAGAAGGAGGAGCAACAUGAUGAGUCAGAAAGAGAGAAAUAAAUGAAGCAACUCAACAUACAAAUGAGUCACAAUCCAAGCCACAGUAGAUGAAGGAGAAGUCUUUGACAAAAAGUACCUCAGCACUCAGUCCCACAUUCAUAUUAGGCGGGUUACUGUGGCACCAGGGUACUGUUACACCGACAGAGACAGAGAGACAGGGUUCAGUUCAGUUCUGUUGUUUACUGAGGCUGGACGGACAGAGACUGUUCAUGGGGUGUACACCUCCUGUCUCCAUCUCCUCAGGCCCAUCCUGUCCUGAUGCUGCUACCAUAGAAACAUGACCCUCAACACCCAGAGAGAGAAGGAGCCCCUGCGGCGGCGAGGCAGCACACCUACUCCUCCCGCUCACUUCUACCAGCACCCGUCCUGGACUCAGGAUGCCCAGCUGCCUGGCAGAACCCAGACUGACCUGGAGCAGCCCCGUCCCCAGCGCAGACACCUUCCUCUAGGACAGUCGGCGUCCUACCACCCUGGAGACAAGUCCCUCCACUACCGCGCACAGUGGAGUUCAGACUCAGAUGAUGAUUCACAAAGCGACUCGGACUGUGUUUACAGAGUGAUGUUGUUAGGUGACCAUGGCGUCGGAAAGACCAGCCUUGCAGGAAUCUUUGCAGGAAUCACGGAGAAAGACGAACAACCUGGAGAGGAUACAUAUGAGCGAACACUGACAGUAGAUGGAGAGGAAACCACACUCAUCGUCAUGGAUACCUGGGAGAACGACAAACUGGAGGGCGAGGACAGCUCCUCUCAGGACAACUGUCUAAAGGUGGGGAGUGCUUACGUCAUUGUCUACUCCGUCACCGACCGAUCCAGCUUCGACUCCGCUGCCGAGCUCCGUAUCACACUGCGACGCACCCGCCAAGCAGAAAACCUUCCCAUCAUCCUUGUUGGCAACAAGAGUGACCUGGUCCGGUCCAGAGAAGUCGCUGUGGAAGAGGGCCGAGCGUGCGCAGUGGUCUUUGACUGUAAGUUCAUUGAGACAUCUGCAUCUCUGCAGCACAAUGUGACUGAGCUCUUUGAGGGCGUGGUCCGACAGCUCCGGCUCCGUCGUGACGGCAACGAGGCGGUCCAGCACCGACGCUCCAUCUACAAACGCAAAGAGAGCAUUACCCAGAAGGCUCGGCGGUUCCUGGACCGUCUGGUCGCUCGCAACAACCAGCGCAUGGCGGUCAAAGUGCGCUCCAAGAGCUGCCACGACCUGGCCGUCCUCUGAAGACACCUCCUGCCAGGAGCGUCCGGUUGAACUUUCUUUGGCUCGUUGAAGUUCUCUCUGGUUGUGAUGUCAUGAACGAUGUCAUUGCCAUUGGUGUAGGCGGAGAUUCCCGCGAUCAGCGAGUCAAAACAAUCAGCAAUGAACAGAGUCAGCAGACAGUAACAUACUCGGUGCGAUCAGUGUGACCAACUUGUUUUUCUGUUUGACUGUUUGGUCUCAAAAUGUUUGUGACUUUUCCUCCAGACGACCUAAAUAUAAAGAUACCAGACAGACUGUGAAGGAUCAUCACUGUAGGGUUAAAGGUUGGUUCUUGUUAUUUUAUUUUAUUUUUUUGUAUUAUUUUAUUCUCCAUCAUGGAGGUGGUCCUGUAGUUUCCUCUGUGUCCACUGUGCUGUUCUCCUGAGGUUUCUACUGUUUUUGUUUCAAUACUAUGCAGAAUAAAGUCUUAAAGGAA